CGCUCUUCCUCUUACAGACCUUGUCCUAAUCUAUUCACAAGCUCACCCACUCAACCUCUGUCCCACACAGCUAGACUCGCCAACAAUGCACCCAGUGUCUAGCAACACCAUGCUCCACCGAAAAUCCUCACUCAACAAGGCCCUGUUCACCCUCAUACUCACCACCGCCUCCGCAGGCCGUCACAAGGAGCCCUCCCCACCUCCCACGUGCGAUAACAUGUGUUUCACAAAGAUGCGUGAGUGCACACCCACCUGCAAAGACUCCAAGUACGCCCGCCACCCAAUUGCCUGCGCGGUUGCGUGCGAAUGCCAGGUCUCGAAGGCUGUAGCGUACUGUCGCGACGAGUGCGAGUACGAUUGUAAGGACGACUGGCCGCCUGCGAUGGGCGAAGUCGAGGGCGUUGAGGGGUAGGAGGAAGGGGUCAUGGGAUGGAU